GUAACACAAGACGCAAAGUCGGCGCCACCCCCGGGGCAGAGGAAAAGCCGGAGGAGAAGAAGAAGAAGGAGGAGGAGGAGCCCCGCCCGGCAGAGUGAGAGUCGGCGCCCCCGCAGGAGAUGUUCACCCGGGCGGUCAGUAGACUGGGGAGGAAGAGACCCCCGUCAGAGAUACAUACUGGCGAAUUGCCUCUCAGUGCCCAGGACAAUGAUCAGAAAGGAACUCGCAAAUGGGCCACCUCCCUGGAGAGCCUAUUGGACGAUCCCAAAGGAGUGGCGGAAUUUACAGAUUUCCUGAAGAAGGAGUUCAGUGAGGAGAAUGUGCUGUUUUGGUUGGCUUGUGAGGACUUCAAGAAAACGUGGGACAAGCAUCAGAUGCUGAAGAAGGCACAUGAUAUCUACACAACGUUCCUGUCAAGCAAAGCUUCUAGUCAGGUCAAUGUGGAGGGUCAGUCGAAGAUAAGUGAGAAGAUGCUGGAAGAGCCGCACCCGCUGAUGUUUCAGAAGCACCAGGAUCAGAUCUUCAACCUCAUGAAAUACGACAGUUACAGCCGAUUCCUCAAGUCAGAGACUUUCCUGAAGCUGAAGAACAAAGAAGAGAAUGAAAGCUCCGCCCCCAGCGCCGGCGAAUCCGUGCCCAAACGAGCCUCUAGGAUUUACAACACGUGACUUCCCCGGGGUCACAGGCAGAUUAGAGGGGAGAGGACAUUUUCGUAGAAAGGAGGGGGGGGGCUGUACCUUACGGUGACCUGAGCGGCUUCUCAUUUGUCGGCACAGACAAGUUGCUCACGGCAUUUGUGUUGCACACGGGCGUCUGUGUAUGGACUGAUGUACUGGGACACAAAUACAGACAAAUACUGACUGUCAGUCUACUGCAACUCCAACUGUCACCCUUAUACCUGUCUCAUUCCUUGUGCCCCCGCACUGACAUUACAUUAUAGUUCUGCCCAGGAUUCAGGGUUUUGGACUUUCCUUGUUUUAGUUCAGCUCAAUAAUGUCUGAAUGCAGCGCCGGGGAGUCAACAUAAUAAAGAAUAAAAUAUCA